AUGCGCACUUCUCGAGCUUCUAAAGAGACUGCGAAGGUUCUGCAGGCUUUGUCGCCUCCUGCUCGUCGACAAACUCGCAGUUCGGCUCAGGCUGCUAGUCUCCUUCAGGGCUUUGCUUUUGGGGGUGGUACUGCCCCGGAUGCAUCUAUCAGUGAUGAUGAUACUUCUUCGCUCUCGUCGGUGCCGACGGUUGAUAUCGAGGAUAUCGUAGAGCUGCCGGCCAAGCGUCGCAAGAGUGCUUUGAGCAGUUCUGUCACGAGGACGAGUGCGCGCUCUACUCGGAGGGCUGUCAAAGCAGAGACCCCUGUCAAAGAGGAAGCACCUGUCAAGGAAGAGCCGGUUGAGAAGCCGCAAAAGGCACGACGGAUGCCCGCGCGCAAGAUCAAAAUCGAGAAUGGUGGUUAUUCCAUGGAGCCGCCGUCUAACUGGGAGACUAUGUAUGACAUGGUCAAGAAGAUGCGAGAGGCAAAUCCCACUGCACCCGUUGACACCAUGGGCUGUGCCGAACUCUACUGGCGUGCAUCCUCUCCGCGCGAUCGCCGUUUCCAGACUCUCAUCGCGCUAAUGCUAUCAUCCCAGACCAAGGACACAGUCACGGCGGUGGCCAUGCAGCGGUUGCACACGGAGCUUGGAGACCACACUUUGAACCUGGAGAACAUCCUAGCCGUCACCCCUGAGCGCCUGAACGAACUUAUUGCCAAGGUGGGCUUCCACAACAACAAGACCAAGUAUAUCAAGGCCGCGGCCAUCAUCCUCCGCGAUCAAUAUGACUCCGAUAUCCCGUCGACUGCUCCUGAACUGAUGAAGCUCCCGGGCGUCGGUCCGAAGAUGGCGUUUCUCUGUAUGAGCGCGGCGUGGGGCAAGCACGAAGGCAUUGGCGUUGAUGUUCACGUUCACCGGAUUACCAACCUCUGGGGCUGGCACAAGACGAAGAAUCCCGAGGAAACUCGCAUGGCGCUGGAGUCGUGGCUACCAAAAGACAAGUGGCACGAGAUCAACAAACUCUUGGUCGGCUUAGGACAGACGGUCUGCUUACCUGUAGCCCGGAGAUGCGGAGAAUGCGAUCUUGCAGGAACGAAGCUCUGUAAGAGCGAAAUCAAGGGUCUGGUAACACUGAAGCGAGACGCUGCUGUGAAGCAGGAGGAGCCGAAGGUGAAGGUCGAGCAGGAGUAG